ACAACAUACCAACAAAAGUGAGCAUCGAAGGAACUGCCCCAAUUCAUCCCCUCCUUUUCGAUCGAUCCCAUUGCCAACUCCUCCUCCUCUCGUUCUCCUUCCAAUGGCUACGCCUUCUCUGCCUCUCCUCCUCCUCCUCCUCUCUUCCGCCUUCUCCCUCUUGGUUCCGCGAUCCUCGGCGUCGGCGGCGCCCCUCUGCCCCAGAUCGGACCUCGCCUUCGUUAGCGACCUCACGUUCCAGUGCCCUCGCUGGAUCGACUUCCGUUCGCCGCUGGAGGUGGAUGGAGAGUCUCUAGACAUAGAGUUGAGUCAUGGUGAGAGUAAUGGUUAUUAUUCUGUUCUGUUCUAUGCUUCGUGGUGCCCAUUCUCGAGCAGUAUUCGCCCCAUUUUUGAUGUUCUUAGUUCCAUGUUUCCACAAACAAAACACUUUUUAGUUGAAGAAUCUACCACCAUGCCAAGUAUUCUCUCUAGAUAUGGAAUUCACAGCUUUCCGGCUAUAAUGCUGGCCAACCGGACAGCAGUGGUUCGAUACCAUGGUGCUAAAGAUCUCAGUGCUCUUGUCCAAUUUUACAAGAAAAAUACAGGUUUUGAUCCAAUUGCAUACUUGGUCGUCCACCGACCCACUAAUUCAAGAAAGGUGAGGUCCCUAAUGCAUCAGACUGGAUCUCCAAGGGAACUAAUAACCAAGGAACCCUUUAUGGUGCUUGGAGUACUUUUCAUGUUCAUGAAGAUAGUCCUAUCCUCCAUCCCUGUUAUUUACGCCCAUCUCAAAGCUCUCUGGGUGUCAAAUGCCUGGCACCUGAACUUGCACGUCCUCAGCGAGUCAUCCCAGCUGUUGGUACGAGUGCUACAUGUAGUUGAUGUCAAGAGACUCUGGAGCGAGCUCAAGCUGGACAACAAGACGAGGAACCUGAGGAAGAAGGGAGCAAGCAAUGCUCGGGCCUGGGCUUCCACUCUAACCUCCGUGUCACUAGGUGAAUCGUCUUCAUCGAGAACCGCCCCUUCCGAGUCAUGAUCUCCUGCCGCCACCAAGUCCUCUUUGUAUCCUUUGGUGUCAUCUGUUAUCCUCCAUGUAUGUAAGUCGGGAAAAUUUUGAGUACC